UGCGACAUGGCGGGAGCGUAUGCACCAGGAAGUCGAUGCAUGGAACGCGAGGAUGACGACUCUAGCGGCGGUCGGACAUGACACUUCGGUCCAUGAGUACAUGACGUAGUACAUGCAGAUCACUCGCACCUUGAUUGCCAACCCCUCGACGCCUCGUCCUGAUGGCCGAGGAUAUGCAUCACUCUCAGGAGUGUAUGAGGCGCCGGUAAGUUUUAUUAGUCUUAAACUUAAUCUAUCGUCUUAUUAUGUAUUGCUUUACGAAUUUAUUCAAUUCUUAAAAUUUGCAAAUAUAUGCAGCUAUGGAUGACUUUGACAAUACACCAUGAGAGCAUUCCCCUUACGGAGUCCCCCGAGCCCGGGAUAGCGGCAUAUGCAGUACGGAUAGUUCAGCUUACCAACACUAGUAUGACACGAGCACAAGAGUGGCAUCGUAUCGAUGAGGAUGUUCCAGAGCCUGCUCCAGAGCCUGUACCAGAGGGUGUUCCUGAGGGUGGUAGGGCUGAUAGAGGUGGUCGGGCUGGCAGAGGUGGUCGGGCUGGCAGAGGUGGUCGGGCUGGCAGAGGUCUAGUAGAUGAGCCUGACGAUAUAGCCCGUCAGGCUCCGUCGGCUACAGAUAUCCCGUCGACUUCUUCUUCCAGGCCGUCGACUUCACAGAGACCUGGAUAUAUGCCAGAGAUAUUCACACAUUAUGAUCCUUGGUCAUCAUUUCCACAGGUGCCAGUUAGUGAUCUACAUGUAGGAGACGGACAUGAGGACUUAGACUUGGGGAUUAUUUUCGAUGAGUACUUUCUUCGUCCUACAGCCAGGCCUGCGGCACCAUCUGCAUCUCCGGCUCAGCGGGUCGCUCAGGAGCCCUCUCACAUGCCAUCUCAGGAGCCCGUCAAUACACAGAUUGACCCGUCUCCACCUCCAGCUACAAUUCCGGGUAGCGCUCAGGAGACCGUUGAGGAGCUAGCUAAGGAGCCCUCUGACCAGCCAUCUCAGGAGGCCGUCGACACACAGUUUUUUUUUUUUACAAUGAAAUAAUUUAUUAAAUAAUUUUUUAUAUGUUAUUUCAUGUUUAAUUUAUGAUAAAUCUAAAUUAAAUU